GUUAAAGAUAAACGUUUUGGCCGUCUUUCAUAGCUUUUUCAGAGCAAAAUUCCAAUCUUUCCCCAAAUGGUUCAACCCUAAUUUAUAAUGCGAGGGUUUCUACUGAAGGAAGUUACAGUAUCAUCAUGUACAGAACUUUAACGAAGAUCCGUUUGCGGUCGUUUGCCGACUCGUUUCGUAAUUCAAGAGCACAAGAACAUGGAUGGAGUGGUCAGGCAAAAGAAGCAUUGUUAUGUCGAGAUUUUACCACCUCAAAACACUCAAUCACAAAACCCAUGCAAAUGCAAAUCGUUGAUGCGCUACGCUUGGGUGAAAGAAGCAAAGCUUCCAGUCUGCUUUUAAGUCUUCAUCAUGGAAAUUACUCUCUAAGGGCUAAUGAUUUUGUUUACAUCCUUAGCUACUGUGCAAGAUCACCUGAUCCACUUUUUGUCCUGGAGACUUGGAAAGUGAUGGAUGAAAAUGAUAUCAGGCCGGAUACCAUUACAUCCUUGCUAAUGUUGCGUGCUCUCUGCAAAGGCGGUUACCUGGAUGAGGCAUUAAAUUUGAUAAAUUUUCUCGGAGAAAGUCUUGGCAUUUACCCGCUUCCAUGUAUUUAUAAUAGUUUUUUGGGUGCCUGUGCUGAAACACAAAGUAUAGGUCAUGCUAAUCAAUGUUUGGAUCUAAUGGAUCGUAGAAUGGUAGGGAAAAAUGAAGUUACUUACUCAGAGCUUCUUAAGUUAGCAGUUUCGCAAAAGAACUUGUCUGUGGUCCAAGAGAUAUGGAAGGAGUGUUUCAGAAACUACAGUCUCAACAUUUUCUCUCUCAAAAGAUUUAUUUGGUCCUUUACUAGACUGGGAGAUCUGAAAUCUGCUUACGAUGCUUUGCAGCAGAUGGUGGUUUUAGCCAUCAGGGGUAAUACCUCACUUUACAGUACUGAAGGAAAGCUUUGUUUUUCCAGAUUAGACAUUCCCAUCCCUUCAAAACAUGACCGGGAACAAUUUUAUUUGACGAAGUUGGACAGUGAUACUAAUAAAGACCAGUCUAUUUUUAGUGUCAAAGUUAGAGAGACUGCUCAUAUUCAAGGAAGAAUGUUUCAUACAUGUGAGAGUAAGCCUGUUAUGAAAGCUCUCAGGUGCUCUUUCAAUGAUGUCAUUAGUGCGUGUGCGUAUUUAAACAAUAAUGGGCUUGCAGAGCCAUUAUUAGCACAGAUGCAAGUAUUGGGUUUGGAACCAUCAAUCCAUACAUACGAUGGUUUUAUUAGAGCAGUUGUUUCUGAGAGGGGUUUCAGUGCUGGCAUGGAAGUGUUAAAAAUUAUGCAACACAAAAAUUUGAAAGCUUCCGACCGGACUGUUGCAACCCUUUCAGUGAGUUGCAGUAAAGCGCUAGAAUUGGAUUUAGCUGAGGCUCUGCUUCACCGACUAUCUAUAUGUCCAUAUCCGCACCCGUUCAAUGUUUUUUUUGCUGCAUGUGACACACUGGACCAACCUGAGCGUGCUGUGCGGGUAUUGGCCAAGAUGAGAAAUCUGAAACUUCUGCCAGAUAUUAGGACAUAUGAGCUUCUGUUUUCUUUGUUUGGUAACGUGAAUGCCCCUUAUGAAAAGGGCAAUAUGCUGUCACAUUUAGAUGUUGCUAAAAGAAUAAAUGCUAUAGAAAUGGAUAUGGCAAAAAAUGGUGUCCAGCACAGUCAUUUAUCAAUGAAGAACUUGUUGAAAGCCAUUGGAGCAGAGGAAAUGAUAAAAGAACUUAUCCAUUAUUUCCACGUCGCAGAAAGUCUUUUCAGUCGUAGCAAAAUUUAUCUUGGAACACCCAUUUGCAAUACGGUGUUGCAUUAUCUUGUUGAAGCUAAGGAAAUUGGCAUGGCAAUUGAACUAUUCAAACACAUGAAGUCUUGUGGUAUGUUGCCCAAUGAUGCAACUUAUAAUAUAAUGAUCGAUUGCUGUAGUACCUUAAGAAGCUUCAGAUCCGCUUGUGCUCUUGUUUCCAUGAUGAUUCGUGAUGGGUUUUAUCCACAGGCAAUGACUUUCACUACUCUAAUGAAGAUUCUACUGGAGAAUGAUAAUUAUGGUGGAGCUUUAAAUCUUUUGGAACAAGCCAUCACAGAAGGAGUUCAACUUGAUGUUUUGUUGUUUAAUACUAUUCUUAAGAAAGCAUGCGAACAGGGGAUGAUUGACGUGAUUGAGUUCGUUGUUGAGCAAAUGCACCAAGAAAAAAUCCAGCCCGACUCAUCAACUUGUAACUAUGUGUUCUCUGCAUACCAUGACCGCGGUUUUUAUAACACAGCCAUGGAAGCAUUGCAGGUAUUGAGCAUGCGUGUGUUAGGAGAAGAAUUCGGCGAUCUUCCAAAAGAGAUGGAGGUUGAAUACAAUUUUAUCCUAGCUGAAGAGGCGGAAGCCGAGUCAAGAAUAUUGCAGCUGUUUGAAAAUUUCCAGGAGGACCGUGCUGUUGCCCUUCUGAGUUUGAGAUGGUGUGCCAUGCUUGGUUUUUCAAUUUCUUGGUCACCUAAUGAGAGUUCAUGGGCAAAAAGACUCUCAACUAACUAUAAUACCCGAAAAGGACUCAGAUGACAGCUAGCACAAAAUUGAUAAUAUUCCUCUCAAUUUGUUUUUUUGUUGAAGAGCAGUGCUGAGUUAAAAUUAACUGGGUCUGCUUGGUAAGCCAUAGCCUUUGGCCAGAGUUAGUUACGUUGUGGUCCGGAUGACAUGGCUAACUACCAUACUUACUUGGCUGGCAAACUUAACCCAGAGUCCAAGGUGGCUACCUCAUUCAUUCUGGUAUUCUUUAAUUGUUUUUUUCACUUAAAAGUGCUCUAACAUAAGAUAGGAAAGUUCUUGGGACUGUAUACUUUCAUCAAGUCCCUGUUAGAACUCUUAGAUUUUCCAAAUAACAUGUAUCAUUUUGGUUGCAUUUUCAACUAGUGAAGAGCAAAGUAGUAAAUGAAAUUAAAUUGAUGGCAAA